GGGUUGUCCUCCUCCACCAGGUAUGGAUCCUCGGAAAGGAAAAGGAAGGCUAAUGUGCAUUAAAGUUCGAAUGCUUGAUGACAGUGUAGGGGUCUUUCAUCUUGGGCAUAAAGCACUUGGCCAAGCUCUUUUUGAUGAAGUUUGCAGACAUUUAAAUUUGUUGGAAUCUGAUUAUUUUGGACUUGAAUUUAUUUCUUUUGGAAAUAGGUGUUGGCUAGACAAAGACAAAAGUAUUUUGCGUCAAAUUAUGGCUGCUCAAUCAGACGCUCGUUUCUUCUUUACUGUUAAAUUUUAUACUCCUAAUCCUGCAGAACUUGAAGAGGAAUAUACACGUUACUUGUUCGCCUUACAAUUACGUCGUGAUUUGGCUCGUGGCGAGUUGUUAUGUAAUGAGAGUACUGCAGCAUUGCUUGUUUCUUUUAUUAUUCAAUCAGAAUGUGGUGAUUACUCUCCAUUGGACUAUCCUGACUACAGAUAUGUUUCUUCUGGCAAUGUACAAUUUGUACCCAAUCAAAGCCCUGCAUUCCAGAAAGAAGUAAUGGAGCAACACAAAAAGGUUACUUUUGUGAAUAUAAUUUUGUAA